ACUGAGUGACUGACAUCUUUUUUGUUUACAAAGUUGAAACAUAUAUAAAUAAUGGCAGAUCGUGCUGCAAUUCAAGAAGAAAUAAAGAAACAAGGUGAAGUUGUGAGAAAACUAAAAGCAGAAAAGGCUGCACAAGAAAAGAUUUGCUGAUUGGAUUUAUUCUUCAUUUGCAUAUCUACCCUGUACCUUCAACUGUCUAUAUUAUGAUGUUGCCUUUGUGUCGUUUUCAUCAACGUUUCCUACACAUUCAAUGGCUUGUUACACAUACCUGGACUCGUGCAUUCUGUGACUCACAGAUAUCGGAGGAAGUUGCCAAAUUACUGGAGUUGAAAGCUCAGUUAGGAGAUGAAGCACCCAAGAAAUUUGUCCUCAAAUGCCCAAAGGGUACUAGAGACUACAACCCUGUACAGAUGUCUAUACGAGAGGGGGUAUUUAAAACCAUCAUUAGCUGUUUUAAACGCCACGGAGCUGAAACCAUUGACACUCCUGUGUUUGAAUUAAAGGAAACAUUAACAGGAAAGUACGGAGAAGAUUCCAAACUAAUCUAUGAUCUAAAGGACCAAGGGGGAGAACUAUUGUCACUACGUUAUGAUUUAACUGUACCCUUUGCUAGAUAUCUAGCCAUGAACAAAAUUAAUGCUAUUAAAAGAUAUCACAUAGCGAAAGUAUAUAGACGAGAUAACCCAGCCAUGACCAGAGGAAGAUUCCGAGAAUUUUACCAAUGUGAUUUUGAUAUAGCAGGGCAAUAUGACGUAAUGUUACCAGAUGCCGAGUGUGUAAAGAUUGUAGCAGAAAUUCUUACACAACUUGAUAUAGGGGACUUCAAAAUUAGGAUCAAUCACCGCAAGUUGUUGGACGGAAUGUUUGCAGCAUGUGGGGUACCUGAUGAUAAAUUCAGAACUAUAUGUUCAGCUGUUGAUAAACUUGAUAAAACAUUUUGGGAUGAUGUAAGAGCAGAGAUGGUCGAUGAGAAAGGCUUGAGUCCUGAAGCGGCUGAUAAAAUAGGGCACUUUGUUAAAUUCAGUGGUGGUAUAGAUACUAUAGAACAGCUGAUGAAAGAUGAGAGUCUGGCUAAACAAAAAGAUGCUGUGGAGGGCUUGGAAGAGUUAAAAGUUCUCCUUACCUACUGUGAUCUAUACAAAGUGACAGACAAGGUGGUGUUUGAUUUGAGUUUGGCAAGAGGACUGGAUUAUUAUACAGGUGUCAUCUAUGAGGCCUGUCUACAAGGUUAUGCUCACAAACCGGAAGCAUCAAAAGGUAAGGAAGAAGAGUGUGUCAGUGUAGGCAGUGUGGCUGGAGGAGGGAGAUACGAUGGUCUGGUAGGCAUGUUUGAUGCCAGAGGGAAGAAAGUACCAUGUGUUGGUGUUAGUAUAGGAAUUGAAAGGAUAUUUGCCAUCAUGGAACAAAGAGCUUUGGCAAAUAAUACAAAGGUCCGUACAACAGAAACAGAGGUCUAUGUUGUCUCUGCUCAGAAACACCUUGUUGAACACAGACUGAAACUCUGCCAGGAACUCUGGGAUGCUGAUAUCAAGACAGAGCAGUCUUACAAGAAGAAUCCUAAAGCACUGGACCAGUUUCAGUACUGUGAAACUAAUGGAAUACCAAUAGCCAUCAUAUUAGGUCAGUCAGAGAUAGAAAGUAAUUGUGUUACCAUGAAAAAUACAGUAACAAGAGCAGAGAGGAAAGUAUCAAGAGAUGACUUAGUGGAAGAAAUAAGAAAAGAAUUGUCUUCACUAAGUUAAUAUAACAGCCUGCUAAUAAACACUGUAAAUGUGCAAUGGAUAUAAUCAAUCUUUGAUUUAAAAUGGCUGUUCAUUCUCUAUAUGAUUUUUUUUUUAUCGAGUGACAUUUUCAAACAAAUACGAAAGAUAUGAAUAUAAUUAGGAUAAAAUUAGCUGUGUUGAAAUCUACUGAAAUAUCUUGUUUUUGAAAUCUUAUUAUGUAAAAGGUUUGGAAAAGGAAGAAUAUUUUGUACUGAAAAUACGAUAUUUUGUUGUCUUUGUAUUCUUUUUUUUUACUGAAUAUCAAAUUAUACUGGCAACUUUCACCUCCUUUAGUCUUGUGUCUAACAUUUAUGCUUAUUAGUGUGCAAACUUUUAAGAAAUUUUAUAUAGUAAGGAUCUGUUUGAUCAAGAGUUGUUAACAUUUCUGUUAAAAUAGCUGUGGCUCUUUAACACUACUUUUUAUUGGUAAUUAUUAAACAUUAUGUUUUAUUACCUUCCAUACUUCUGAAAUAAAUCAAGUUUGAUAUUACAUGGUUUUGAACUGUGUUUAUCUUAAAAAGUUUGAUUAUAAUUUCAUACAAUUCAGAAUAAACCUCUUGAAAUGAAAUGCUGUUCUUUUCAAUCAGAACUCAUAACUGUAAAAAAUCUCUUUACUCUUUAACCAAGUGAGCAAAAUUUGUUUAUAACUUUGUCAAUUCAAUGAAAAGAGCGAGCUAUUGUACUCAACCAGGGAUCAUCAUCAUCACACUUGGGUUGUAUUUUUGUGUAAGCUCCAAAACUUCUGAGGCAUGGGAUGAAAACACACUUGUUCUCUGUGAGAAUGUAAUAUGAUGGGCAAUGGCCCAAUAACACCUGAGUUACCUUUAUGACAUUAUGACAUGAGUUAUGCCAUAUUUUUUUACUGUUAAGCACUGAGAAUAGUGAAGCGGGCUGUCUUACAGAUAGCUAUUGUUCUACAUCAACAGCUUUCAACUAUACUUUGGAAUAGUUCUCCUCCAAUAAGUUCGUUUCUUUGAUUUGCCUUGUUUGGUUUAAUGGCAUAUCAACACUGUAAAGGUCAUACUGUGACUUCAAAGCGUUGAUAAUGUAUUAUUUGAUUAUGAGCUAUGCUAUGUUCCAUGUCAGUGGUAUCCUCAAUAUCAUGUAACAUUAAACUUGAAAAGCUGA